CGGAGGAGACGCGUCAUGUCACAGGUCGCGAUGAGAAAACUCAGUGAAGUUUGACUUCACCUGAAGAACAGAGGGAAAACCCUCCCACACGAGAGCGAGAGACUGUGAAGGAAGUGACGUACUCACUGAUUCGUGCGUGUGUGUGUAUGUGCGUGUGCGCGUGCAGAGAUGGGGGGUCAGGUGUCCUCGGUGGAGGGUGUCCACGUCGUGGUGGUGGGUGGAGGAUUCGGAGGCAUCGCAGCAGCUCUGCAGCUGAAAUCUGAAGGACUGAGCUUCACCCUGAUCGACCUGAGGGACGCGUUUCAUCACAACGUGGCGGCGCUCCGAGCGUCUGUGCAGCCAGCCUUUGCACAGAGGACGUUCAUCCCGUACGCUGAGACGUUUGGAGACAGUUUUGUUCAGGGUCGAGUGGAGCGAGUGGACACCGAGAGACAGACAGUCGUCCUGCAGGGAGGGAGGGAAAUCCAGUACUCCCACCUCAUCCUGUGCACUGGGACUGAUGGGCCGUUCCCCGGGAAGUUCAACACCGUGGCAACGUAUCAGACCGCCAUCCAGACGUACGAGGACUUCAUCAGACAGGUCCAGGCUGCAGACUCGGUGUUGGUGGUGGGUGGAGGGUCGACCGGGGUGGAGAUGGCUGCUGAGAUCAAGACGGAGUAUCCAGACAAGAAGGUGGUGCUGAUUCACUCCAGAAUCGGACUGGCCGACCCGGAGCUGCUGCCCAGCGUCCGGCGGCAGGCCAAAGAGGUUCUGCUGGAGAAAGGGGUGGAGCUGGUGCUGGGACAGAAAGUGACGGACCUGUCUGAGCUGCCGCUGAACGUCACGCAGAAGAACAUGAAGGUCACGACAGACAGAGGAGAAACACUGAGCACUGACCUGAUCGUCUGCUGCACCGGACUCAGGGUCAACUCUGCUGCCUACGCCUCCAGCCUCUCCGGCAGCAUGGCGGACAGCGGAGCUCUGAAGGUGAACCAGCAGCUGCAGGUUGAAGGGUUCUCCAACAUCUUCGCCGUGGGCGACUGUGCCGAUGUGAAAGAGCCAAAGAUGGCGUACCACGCCGGACUGCACGCCGCUGUCGCCGUUAGCAACAUCACCAACAGUCUGAGGGGGAAGGAGCUGACGUCGUAUCACACAGGUAACAUCACCAUGUUGCUGGCGAUGGGCCGGGACGACGGCGUGGGUCAGUUUAACGGGCUGAAGUUGCCUCGUUGGCUCGUUGCUCUGGGGAAGAGUCGAGAUCUGCUGCUGUGGAAGAGCUGGAGGGAGAUGAAGCAGAAACAACCCUGAUACACACACACACACACACACACACACACACACACACACACACACACACACACACACAGCACCGCCUCCCCGUCCAGCAGGAUUCAUUAACAGUUAUUUGUUUCCAAAAGUCCAAAGACAAAGAUCAAGAAACGUUUACUCCUUGAGGACUGAAGGUAAACUGCUGACAUCUGUUAACCUGAUCACGUUAACCUGAUCAGGUUAACCUGAUCACGUUAACCUGAUCACGUUAACCUGAUCACGUUAACCUGAUCUGUGGCAGCAUUUCUGCAGCAAUCAUAAAACCACUGUCAGUUUUUAGUGGAAAUAAAAAGUUGCUGUGAAGUGAUUUGACAAACUGAAAAUGUUUCAGGCGCCAACGAAUCCGACGCGUUUACACUUUGGUGUUAUGGAUCAUUAUAACCUGUUUCUGUGAUCGUCUGCAGCCAUGAGCUGAAGUGUUUAACACACAGACGAUGGAAAACUGCUGGACACUCCUGCUGAUUCUACGUUUCUGUAGUUUGUCUCAGAGCUGAUUAAAAACACUUUUGAUUGAACGAA